AUGAGGACAUACAAAAGUUCAAAAACACAGUUGUCUCACUUGCACGGUUUAUGCGAUUUGGUUCAAGUAGUCGAUGAAGUCAUUGGAGAACAAUUGCAGGUUCGACGGUUCAUUGACCGGGAUACGGCGUGGGGCACUACAAGUGCUCAAAGGUAUAGGCCUUUCCACUGCCUUUGGGCGAAGUGUCGCAAGAUAUCUCUCAGCGAGAGAUUCACCGAGGCUCAUAGCGAGGGUUUCAGGGCUCAGCCCAAG